CGCCAGCGUAUUGGUGUGUUGGUUCGCUCGCGUGAUCAAUCGCAGUAAGCCGACGGUAACGGAAACGGAAUAUCCUUCUUCUGGUUCUGCCUUCUGUGUGGCAAACGUUGUCUCACACCUCACGCGAAACGCGAAGUCAGUUUUGGUGUGUUUUAGGACGCGGAUCGCCGGUUUCAUAAUCCCCGUGGUCCAUCAUCAUCACCAUCGUCACACAUCUGUUUCUCAUCGUGUGACCUCGCUACGGGUUGACGACGGCUACGGUUUCCGGUCGCUUCCGGUGGUGCUUGUCGCGCCUCGCAGCAUUCGCGGAAUCGUCUGCAUCCGACUCGGCGCGUUCAGUGCGUGCAUCAUUGGUGUUGUUGUCGUCGUUUUUAUUUUGUGAAUAAAUCGUAACUGCAGCAGCAGCAGCAGCAGCAGCAUCUCCACGCGAGAGUGAGUGUUGAGAGCGCCAGAGGUCUAGAGGCAAUCGGCAGCAGCAGCAGCAAAAGAGAUUCCUUGAUUACCGAACGGCUGCCUCUCAAGUCGGUGACCAAUUAACGAACAAAACAGACUACAGCACAAGAGCGGCAAGAUGUGGUGGAAGUUCAUCCAGGAGAUUACCAACGAGUACAAGAUCCUGCGGGGCAUGAUCGCCUAUUCCGCCCUGUGGCCCUUCGGUUGUCUUAUCCAGCAGACGUUCGAAGGGAAGCGGCUCCACAACUACGACUGGGAGCGAUGCCUGCGGUACAGCCUUUACGGUACGUUCGUUUCGGCCCCAAUGCUUUAUUCGUGGAUGCGCUGUGCCAACAUCAUGUGGCCACGGACGGAUUUUCGGUCGUCGUUGGCCAAAGCGUUCACGGAACAGGCCGCCUACGAUCCGUUUGCGAUCGUGUUCUUUUUCUACGGGAUGAGCAUUCUGGAGCGCAAAUCGCAACAGCAGGCCGGUGAUGAGGUGCUGGCCAAGUUCUGGGAUACCUACAAGGUCGGCUUUUUCUACUGGCCCGUGGCGCAAACGUUCAACUUUUCGCUCAUCAAACCAAAGAACCAGAUCGUCGUGGCCGGCUUUUUCAGCCUUAUCUGGACCACCUUCCUGGCGUUUGUCAAGACGCAACCGAAGGCGAUCGAGCAGGCCCAAUAGAAGGAAGUGCUCUGAACUCAUCUGUAGUCCGUCCAUAAGCUAGAUAGCGUCCGUGAUAAUAAAUUCGAUAAUGUAGA